AUAGAGAAGAGAGAAUGGAGAAUAGAAAUCUGUACCUGCCAGUGGAAUUGGUGAAUAAAAUCCUGUUAAGGCUGCCGGUGAAAUCCCUAGGGCGAUGCAAGUGCGUAUGUAAGUUAUGGUGCUCCAUCAUUAGUAGCACCUGUUUCAACUUCCAACACCAAAACCAUACCAAGGAUGAUAAUACCAGCAAUCUUUAUCUCAUCUUGGAUACCCCCAUUAACUCUGUCACUGACCCUUUAAUGAGAAAAACUGUUCUGAGGUUUUCGUACGACACCUUUGAAGCUGUGCAGACACUCUACCCUGAUCCAUCAUUAAAGCACCCUAGAUCGGGACGAUAUUUUCACAUUGAAUAUACUUGCAAUGGUCUCUUCCUUUUUUCUUAUUUUAAAAAACCCAAUUUCAUCUUGUUCCUAUGGAACCCCACCACAGGAGAGAGCAAGCUUCUCCCACUUUCCUCAUCCCAAGCUCAAUCCCUAGCCCAAUAUCGAGCCCAAUCCCGAGCCCAAGCCUUGAAGAAGUUGAAGAAGAAAAUUACCUUUCAAAAUUUGGGGUUCGGGUUUGACACGAAAACUAUGGAUUACAAGGUGGUUUUCAUUCACAAUCACAAGUACAAAGGCAUUGAUGAGGUGGUGGUUGUGGUUGAGAUGUACAGCUUAAAAACAAACUCUUGGACAACAAUAGCAACUCAUUCACGCAAGGAUUUUCAGACAUAUGCUUAUUAUGAUGGGCGUGCUGUUUUCAGCAAUGGCGUUAAUGGAAUGCUUUCCUGGAAAGCAAUGCAUAAGGAGGAUGGGGAUGUUUAUGAUAAGAUUAUUUCGCUAGACCUGAGCAGAGAGACCAUAAUAACUACGCUCCUGCCUAGUAGUAUUAGUCGUCCUCAUCUUCAUCGUUAUCCUGACAAUAGGUCUAAUUAUCCUUUCCUUUAUAAGGAGUCCUUGGCUCUGGUCAAUUAUCCUGUCGUUAGCCGGUCAGAAAAUAGGACUUUUGAAAUAUGGGUAUUGGGUGAAUAUGGUGUUAAGGAGUCAUGGAAGAAGCUAUUCACUAUUGGAACUCUUCCAAGAAGAAUUAGUCAAGUAUUGGGAUUUUGGGAAGAUGGUAAGGUGCUUGUUCAAACAUAUUGUGGGACGAAGUUUUCGCCUCAAACCCAUAAAGCUACAUAUGUAAAAAGGCUGCUUUUGUUUGACGUUCUGAAUCCUACCCAGCGUCUUCAAAUUUUUAAAGGAACUUAUACAAAGAUGUUUACCUAUAGGGAGACUUUAGUUUCACUUAAAAGUUAGGACACGUUAUUUAUUGACCUGCUUCUUUUCUAGUAGCUAUAGGAGUAUCUUAGUAGUAUUUUUGUAUGUACAUUUUUUAAAUAACGGUUUCUUUCAUAUGGGACAAUGGAAAUUAAGUCAACAAUAAUUUGCUUCA